AUGCAACACCGAGGGCCCAGCGGUGUGAACCAACUGGGGGGACUCUUCCUGAGCGGCCGCCCCCUCCCUGCCUGCAAGAGGAGGCAGAUCAUUGAGCUGGCGGCGUGUGGCAUCCGGAGCUCCGACAUCUCCCGCAGCCUCAAGGUGUCCAAUGGCUGCGUCAGCAAGAUCUUGGGUCACUACUACAGGACAGGGGCCGUGGGGCCCAAAGCUAUGGGGGGCAGCAAGCCCCGCAUGGCCACACCCAAGGUGGUGGCCAGGAUUGCCCAGAUGAAGCUGGAGCAGCCUUCCCUGUUUGCCUGGGAGAUCCGCAGGCAGCUCCAUGCUGAGGGCACCUGCACCAGUAACAGGAUCCCCAGCGUCUCCUCCAUCAAUCGGGUGCUCAGGAAGCUGCCCAGUGACCUGCGGCUGGCGGCUCAGCUGGGCUCUGCGAGGGACACGCUGCCAUGGGUGUCCCCUCUCGCUGCCCCCCCUGCCCCACAUCCCCCGGGAUGCUGCUUGCCCACUGAAGCUGCUGCCACCGGCUCCCUGGGGACCCAGCACCCGCCCCGGCAGCUCCCACCGAGCACCCAGCACAAGAACAGGACGGUCUUCUCCAGGCAGCAAGCAGAGGCCCUGGAGAGAGAGUUUCAGAGGGGACAAUACCCAGACACCGACACCCGGCAGAGACUGGCCGCGGCCACCCAGCUCCCAGACACAACCAUCAAGGUCUGGUUCUCCAACCGGCGAGCGAAGUGGAGGCGGGAAGCCAAGCAGGAGCUGGAGGCAGGAGCCACAGGCUCCUGGUGCCACUGGAUCCUGCUCCAUGGGGUAUCCAUGGCUGCUUUCCACCCCGUAUCCCCAACAGCCACUAGCUCUGCACAGGUGUGGCUCCGGGCAUCAGCCCUGCUCCCGCUCACUGGCAGCCCACGGAAGGUCCCUCCUUUCCCCUAUUGUCCCCCCAGGCUCCACUGCACCCCGGUGCCUGCCUCCUGCCUGGACCCCCGCUGA